AUGGCACUGACCUACGCCCUCUUGGUUGCUGUCGUGGGUUUGGCCCUCGCCUGCGACUGGCGCUGGUUUGUUGUAGCGGCCCGGGAGCUGGGCUGCUCGCUUACUUUUCGAAACGUUUCCCUGGCAACGCUCCAGCUGCUCGUUUACAUUGGUGUUCUUGCCCUUUUGAGCGAAGCGCUUCCCGGUUGGGUCUACCCGGGAACGAUUCCCGCGGAUGGCUCUAAGCGCAUUCACUACAAGUGCAACGGUCUCGCUGUGCUGGGGUCUACGGUGGCGAUAUGGGCUGCUCUGGGCUCUGGGCUGGGCGCUUGGACCUGGUCCUAUCUUGCGGAUAACGUGGGUGCGUUUCUGGCGGCAGCAAACCUGCUGGCAUGGAGUCUUGCCACGUUGUUGCUGCUUCGCCAGCGUUGGCGAUCGCGGGCCUCCGCGAGCACCGGACCCAGUCAGCGGUCUUGGCUGCGAGACUUUAUUCUCGGUGCCGAACUGAACCCGCACUUGGGUCGGUUUGAGCUCAAGUUUUUCUGGCUACGGCCAUCGAUGAUCGGUUGGAUGUUGCUCAACCUCUCCAUUGCUGCCAAGCAGUGGCACGCUCUAGGCCGUGUAACAACGCGCAUGCUGCUGACGCAGCUGAUCAUGAAUGGUUACAUCCUGGACUACUUUUGGCACGAGAGCAAGAUGACCACGACUUGGGAUAUUGUUGCGGAACAUUUUGGUCUGAUGUUGAUCUGGGGCGACCUGGUGUUCAUCCCGUUCGUUUUCAGUACUCCAGCGUGGUGUCUGGUGCACGAUCAACGGCGUAUGUCGGUAGGGCUUUUGCUGGGCACGCUGAUUACCGUAGUGCUUGGUGGAUGGAUUUUCCGCUCUGCAAACUCGCAGAAAGAUGCUUUCAAGAGGGACUCUCAGCGACCAGUUAGCAGCUGGUUCGUCAGCUGGUCGCGCGGCAUACCUCGUUGGCACCGCCUCGAGCGCGAGACGUCCCAGACGGGUGUGACGCAUGGAACCGCAACCAAAGCCGUGAAUCGCACCUUUGGUGGCGGUCGACUUUUAGCCUCUGGUUGGUGGAGUGUAGCCCGUCACUCGAACUACCUCGGAGAUUUGCUGCUUGCACUGGCGUUCAGCAUGCCGACGCUUGGCGGAGCGUACCGUUUUGUUGCGUUUAUAUAUUUUUUCUAUUUACUGCUGCUUUUGAUUCACCGAAGUCAGCGUGAUGAAGCUCGCUGUCGACAAAAGUAUGGCGCCGCGUGGCGCGCCUACUGCGAAGCUGUUCCCUACGUGCUCCUCCCCGGAGUCUGGUGA